UGUAGACCGCCUGUGUUUGCGUGUUUGUGGCGUGUUUCGCGUCGUUUACGUGUUUAAUUUUUGUAGUUUUACGUACAUAUAUGUGCUGGUAUGCUAGUCUUAUUCUGUAUGUACGUACGUGAUUUACUCGGCGUUGUGUCAUACCGUCGUUAUCGUAUGGCUAUGUUGUAUUCACUGACUAUUGCUUGUGUAUCUAUACAUCUCUAUCUAUUCAACUAGUUAACUCUUUUUGCAUAUAAGUGUUUCCCAGUAGAGUAUUUUUACAUAGCAAUUAUUUCGUUGGCAAAUGUUUUACCUGGAUUUAUCGCUAAGUGCGUAAGUUGUUUCAAAGUGUCGCACUUCUUGAUACUCAACAACAAUAAUAGCAGCUGUGUGCGGCUAUUGCAUUGACUGAUCGAAAGACGUACUGUUAAACGUGGGGAAAACUAAGCCACGUAAUACGAAAUAUACAAUAAUUCAUGUAGUGUCUCGUUCCGAGCUGCGUCCUUGUCUGUUAUUGGUUUGUCUAUUCGUUCUGUCCUCUGGUCUCGGGCCACCAAACAUUAUAGUGCCAUCUAUGCCAAAACGGAUGUACUCGAGCGCUCACCGAGUGCGAUAUAAGCAGUAAGGAUAAAAAGUGGCGAAAUCAUCAUACAUGCUACAACUGUAUGUUAUAAGGACUACGAAGUGGUCCAAUUCACUCAGUCUGAUUUGAUACUGUCGCAACGUUUUCUCUAAAUACAAUUUCAAACGUUGUUCGGAUUAAACAUGUGGUGUGCAAUGUGGUCAUCUUUGUGUGUGGAGGCUUAAGUGACUAUUAAUGCCAUUGAAUUUCUAUAGGAUAAUUACGAACGCUAUCUUGUGACUCUCACCGAAACGACCAUGCUUCAGAUGGAUGACUUCUCUUGUCGACUGAGGAUGGGCUCCCCUCUCGUUGGAGGCGCAACUGUAGGCAUAGCCCCAAUGGGUGUUUCCCUGCAGCUUGGUUCAGCAGCGUCCGCAUUUCACGCCACGUCCAGUUCACCCCCAGAAGGGGGAUGUUCCUCUGCUUCACCGCAGCAUUCGUCCGGCAACCUGCCAACAGUCCUCAUCACGGCAGCCAACGUUGAGCCGUUUCGUCUAAAGGCACACGCCAUCCAACAUGCAUCUGCUUUCUUCGCUACUGCACCAGCUGCUUCGGCCAAUGGUGCAUUAGCAAAUCUUCAAGGAGACCCGCCAUCGGCAGCUGUGGCGGACAGUUCGCUUCCUGCGUCACUUUCACUGUCUAUGCGAACGAACGAGCUCUCGCAUGAAUCGCUGGUAUCGGAUCCCGCGCUACGCGAAGAGGUUAGCGCCGUUCAGUUGGAGCUACAGAGACAAAUUUUAGCACUUCAACAUGAACAGCAUCUCCAGCAGCAAAUACUUCUCCAGCAUUUUCAAUUACAGCAAAAGCAUCUUCAACAACAACACGACCAACAACUUGCCGAUAGGAUAAGGCUUUACAUGGAAAGUCAGAGACUUCGUAGUGACAAUUCAUCUCAUAGUGAUGAAGAUCGUGACUCGGGCAAUGGCAGUGAUAAGGACGUCAGUAAUACACAGAGAGGUCAAGAAUUAAAUGACAAAGAAGCCCCUGAUAUGGGCACCCCCUCCCCUCCUGUAAUCAAAUGUCCGAAAAAAGAUGUUCUACGAAAAUUAGAGGAAGAGGAAAAACUUCGGCUCGCACGAGAGUCCGCUGCCGCUACACCGCCGGCUGCAUCGCCACCAGUGCCCAAUAGAUCGCCCGGAUUGCCCUCGUCGCCUAAAAAGUCGUCGCCAAGCGGCGCAUCCGCAGAAGUUCGUUUAAAACUACAACAAUUCCUGGCACGACGACAAGAGCAGCGAGCCAGCGUUUGGUCUUCCGAGGAAUCCAUACAGGGCACGAGUACCAAAGGAUCCUCUGUUAGUCAAAGAGACCGGCAAGCAUCGUCGUCAUCUGAAGGGAGUAGCACUUCAUCUCAUGUCGGAAGCGAGAGCGAGUCUCCACCCGUUACGACUCUCCGUGAAGGUUCACCACCUCCUAAUAAAAACGCGACAGCGGCGAAUGAUUUGACCCUGAAAGUGAAAUCGGCCCUUCGGCAGAAAUUUCUGGAAGGCCGUACGUCGCCUAUUUCAAAGAACGACAAAGCGAGAAAUAAGAUGCAUAACAGCCAAGCGUUGCGCGCAGAUGAGAGCCAACAACGUCUGGAAGAGAACGAUUCUAGAAGCGGCGGCUGUUCGCAGGAACUUCCGAAACAGAAGAGGAACAUGUAUCACAUGAUUUCCCUUUUACUUGGUCAGCAGCAGACAGUCCCACCAACCCCGGCCAGUGGCGGUCCCUAGCGGUAAACGCUGAGGCACCCAAAAUGACGAUUUACGAUAUUGAAGGGCCUAACAGUAUUUGACGGAAUAUUCAAACUCAUAUUUUCAAACCUUAAGUGAUGGGCUAUUAUUUGUUUUAAUCAGAGUUGCGACCUAUGGCCUGACUAGUUAUUCUGAAAACCACAGAGAAGAUUUUUAUAACAGCUCAGGAACUUCAGCUCUCAAAACCGUUAUUAAAGGGUUACAGAAGUACUCGUACGUAUUUACAGUCGCAGACUAGGCAAUCAAAACUAAAUAUUCAAGAUUUUCUUUGUCCACUUAUUAUCUAGUUGUCCAACUAUAUAUGGUUUAUUGUCUAUCACUGAGAGUCUGCAAAAAAUACCAUAUAUAUAUAUAUAUAUAUAUAUAUAUCUAUAUAUAUCAGUACUUGGGUCACGCCUACAACAUUUGAACUUCAUGGAAUAUCUACUUCUAUACCUUAGUUCUUAUACCGUUGUAAGGUUCGAAGAAGGUUACACGUAUUAGGCCUCGCACACUACCGAGGUGCUAAUAGAGAAUCGGACAUACUUUAGAAGGACCUUAAUGCAUCAUCUAUCGCUAAUGAAGACCUUCUUUUUUGUAUUGCGGGCUUGCCGUAAUAUUACACAAUUGUAGUUUGCGGUUUGUUGUUAAGAUCGUUAAAAAUAGAAAAAAAAACAGACUCCACUGGGCCACAAGAAUCCCAUGAGUGGAAACGGGGUCCUGUAAAAAGGCCUUCAGUACGAUCGUAUAAAAAGAGGAGUUCAGCACUUACGUCUAAGAUUGCCCACGGCGGCAAAAGUAAUGCCUUUUAAGAUGGUAGAAAUUACUCUAAUGUACUGAUUAGUAAGCUUACCUUUUCUGAGAAGCUAUGAUGCGACAAUUCUAAUUAUCCUCGUUCUAUUUGGUACGUCAACUUAUAUUUAAUAGUCACGCCGUGGGUGUUUUCAUGCAGUUUCAUGCAAGAAUAAAUACAAAAGUAGAAAUCGGUUUUUAUCACACCUGAAACAAGGUUACCUAUUGUAGGGGGUAUGGGUACUAGGACCCAACCGGCCCUACAAAAAGGAGACAAUCAAACUCUAACGAAAUUGCAAUGUCGCCCGUCGCCGAUCACGCUGACGACAAAGCUUUCGGUCGGUUAAAGUUUAGAAGCCACCUUUAACGACAACGUGGAAGGCUAUCCUACGGUACAAUGCACAACUAGCGUUGGCUUCGGGAUAGCACUCUUUCAUAAAUCUAGGCAAGGCUUCGAUCCAUGACCUUGCUAAAGAUUCUUGCAACCUAGGCAUGCAUGUUCAGGUCUGCAUAGUGUAUUUUUCGCUUUUAGUGUCUGCUUGUGCAUCAGUGUUUGUGCUUCAAGUCAAGUCAAGUUGUUGCCGUUGUUGUUGUUGUUGUUGUUGUUGUUGUUGUUGUUGGCUCUACGUGUCAUUAUUGUGUGUCUUAGCCUGUCACGUCAAUGUAUUGAAAAACAGCAGCAGUCUUGUGAUGUUUGAAUUCAUGUUAUUACUUUGAUAUUAUAUAAUCUAUACCGCACUGUCAUUUUGUGCUGCUGCUGUCUGUUGAAACCUAACUCUGUACUGUUAUUUCGAUAUGUAUAUGUUUGUAUAUGUGGCGUGUUUUUUGUUUCGUACGCAGUUAAUUAACAGUUCGAGAAUAACGAGUAACUGACGCGCUGGAACGAACGAUUUUAUGUGGCAAAAAAUCCUUGCUAAAUCAGCACAACAGAAACUGGUCAGAGGUCCAGUAUUCACAAAUUGCAUCUUCACUGCCUUUCAAUGAGACCCAGUAAAACCUUACCUUCUUCGAAGCAAGCAAACUACCUCAAACCAGUCGUUUUCAUAUCUCUUCAGUUGACGGCACCCACUAAGAUGAGAUACUCGUUUAUCGAACGCUGCGUCGUAGUCCAUGUUUUCUAUGUAAAUAUUUUUCCUUGCAAACGUAUGAAUGGAAGGAUGCGGUUAUCGAAUGAAAGCUGUUCAAAAAUGGGGUAAACAUUUCAUUUUUGUUUAGUAGAUUGUUGGUCGAUUCACUCGCAAGCUAGCUUAGUAAUGGAGAUGUAAACUUGUAUAUAAAUACGUAUGAAUAA